UUCCGAGUUCCCAGUUGCCUUAAAAGCACCACAGUCAGUACUUUGACAGCGCUACGGUUUGUCCUCGGAGAACAGACUUUUCGCUGUUGCCUUGUAAGGUACCAAAAACAAGAUGCUCUCUUACAUCAUUGGGGUAAGUAUAAUUGCCAGCUAGCUAAAUAUUAUAUUGUUGCAUUGCUUAGGCUCAGCUACAGUUGUGCGAUUUGACAGUGCACAAGGAAUCUAUAACUAAUGGUAGGCACGUUAGCUAUGGUUGGCUAACUAGUACUGUAGCUAGUUACAUAUCUUCGUCGUUAACCAUCAAGUUUGUAAUCCACUGUAGCUGUAGUAAGUCAUAUGGUGUAUAUAGUAAACUGUCAUAACUACCUAGCUUGAUAACCAAAGCGUUUGAUUUGCCACUGUUAUGGAGAUGUUUAGGUAGAAGAUAACUAGCUAGCUUGUCAUGCAACUUGCUAAGCAACCCUCUCUAUUCGCAGUGGUUUAUUUGUUAUGGAGCUAGACAGUUGGUUCCCUAGUUUAUGUGAUUGACAAUCGGGUUAAUUUCUGAUCAAAAUAGCCAGCAUGGAGAUCUCUGCACGCUUGUCAAAGGAGUGCACGCCACCAUGUCGUUAUUGAGUUAGCUAGCUACUAGCAAUGGAACGGUGGUGAGCGCAGCAGUUUGGUCUAAUGGAGUUUCCCCAGUGUUCUCUGACAAAACCACUCCCCUAAUUUUAGGUAAACAUUGCGCCUAUCCAUUAUGACUAAACUAUUUGUCAAGUUCGGUGUAAUUGCACACUGACUGAUGCAUUGUAUAUCAGUACAAAAAUGAGGUAUAUCCUAGUAACUGUUAAACACCUGUUUUUGUUGACAUGUUGGUACAGUCAGUAACUUUCCCCUCGCAAUCAUGGCUGCAGUCUUUACAAUGUUCAACAUGUAAAGAUCGACAUCUUUAUUUCCACAAUAACUUCAACUGAAAAGGCAAACCUUCCUUUCACAUCUCCGCAGCUCAUUCGAAGCAGUAUCGACAACAUCAUCAACCUCAUCCUGAGCCUCUUCCUCUCAAAGAAGAAACCUGCCAUCACCCUAGAGGACCCCAACAUCAAAUAUGCAUUAAAGCUGAUAGAUAAAGAGGUACGAAUUCUGUGUUGUGAUCUGCUUAUUAUUACUCUGUGCUGUGGUGAAACCAUGUACACAUUAUUAAUUUAUAGAGUGAAAAAAAAGAAAAAAAACAUUGGACUAAGAAAUAAAAUGAGUAACAAUUGUGUGACUAGAUAAGACAUGUUUGAUCUGGGAUGCCCAGUGCUGUUCUAGGAAGACUUAGGGUAAUUCCAUGAAAUGGAGUGAUGCUCAGACUCAGAUUUUGUCACUUUAACAUUUAUGUAAAACAAAAACCAAUGAUUGCAAAGUUAAACAAACCAUACAACUAUGCACAAUGACUACUUUUAACAAUUUCCACACCCCAAAAAAACACAUUUACUUGAACAACAGUGCAGAUGCAAUAUUUGGUAACAUAAUGAUCGCACAAAUCGUCAUUCUGUUAUCAAAUGUUUGCAUCUGCACUGAGUUCUAAGCUUUGUUUAACUUUGUAAUCAUUGUUUUUUUGUUUGAGUUUCAGCAUCACUCUGUUGCUGUGGAAAUGCCCCUUACCAUUAAUGGAACUGCACAAAGACCAAACAAAUAAGUUAGGCUGGUCUGUGUCACAAGCCCCUCAGGACUUGGGCUGGGCAGCUGCUCCAUUGCUACAGACUGGGUUUUCUCCAUUUAGUGCAGAGGUCAAUAUGCAACCACUCUGGAUUAUAGUUUGAAGUCAUUGCUCUUGUACAGACUGCUAAUGUGGAUGAAGGCUAACAGUCAGUCAACUGUGUGGUUUAUUCAGGGUUAUUCAACUCUCACACUAGUGGUCCGGAGCCUGCUGGUUUUCUGUUCUACCUGAUAAUUAAUUGCACACACCUGGUGUCCCAGGUCUAAAUAUAGCCCUGAUUUAGAGGGAAACAAUGAAAAAAAACGCAGUAGAACUGGACUUCGAGCUCCAGAGUGGAGUUUGAGGGAUCUAUAUCAUGUCAGCGUUUUGUGCAGUUGUGAAGUACUGUGUUGUGGUUCUCACAGAUCAUCAGUCAUGACACAAGGAAAUUCCGUUUUGUCUUGCGGGAGAAGGAUCAUGUCCUUGGGCUUCCCAUUGGUGAGUACAUUCAAUUGAUGUAGCUGUUCAACUUUUCAGCAUUUAUAUGAAAACACUGUUAGACUAUAUAGCAUAACAUGGAAUGUAUUGCUGGUCUGAAUCAGAGAUCAUACAAAAAUGUAUUGUAUCUGUUCAUAGGGUUGUCUUUGCACUAUCACGACUCCUCUUAAUUUGUGGCCACCAUACUUUGUGACUAUGUUUUCGUUCUCAGGGCAACACAUAUUCCUGUCUGCCAAGCCGGACGGAGUCCUGGUGGUCCGACCGUACACACCUGUGUCUAGUGAUGACGACGUAGGCUUCGUAGACCUGGUAGUCAAGGUACAGAAAUCAUCUGAAGAAGCUUUCUCAGUACUAUAAUUCAACCACCAUCUCCUCAACCAGUUUUUCCAAACAAAUGUUCUUCUUGCUUCCCAGAUUUACUACAAGAACGUUAAUCCAAAGUUUCCUGAAGGUGGGAAGAUGAGUCAGUACUUGGAGAGCCUCCGGAUUGGCGACACCAUUGAUUUCAGAGGGCCCAGCGGCCUGCUGGUCUACCUAGGAAACGGUGAGUCAUCACAUUUGCCCGACACUGCCACUGUGUGGUAGACAAAAGGACAACACUUAAAUAAUACCCUGUUAUGUAUAUGUAGGCAUUGGCCUGAAAUUCUGUUUCUAAAGUGGUCACUGCUCUGAGCUAGGUCAAUGGUGAAGAAGUGCAUGCAAGCCACUCCUUUACUAAGUUGGUUUGUUUACUGGGUGUUUCAACAGGGGCUUUUGCCAUCAAGGCAGAAAAAAAGGCGGAGCCUGUGAUCAAAACCGCCAAGCAAGUGGGCAUGAUCGCAGGAGGGACCGGUAAAACUAAUGCCACCAUGCUCAAUCUGUACAUAGCAGAAUGGCCAUCUGUGAUUGGUUGACAUGUGUUCUAUUGGAUCCUGUUCCCUCAGGAAUCACUCCCAUGCUGCAGAUCAUCACAGCUAUAAUGAAGGAUCCCCAGGACCAGACUGUGUGUCACCUGCUCUUCGCCAACCAGGUGAGUUAACACCACUUUCCUCAUCUGGAUUGAAUCUAAUGUCAAGGUGUUCAAACAUGGGCUAGUAGUCCCUAAUACCUUCUCUAUCCUGUUCUCCCUCAGACUGAGAAAGACAUCUUGCUUCGACCUGAGUUGGAGGAGAUCGCAGCAAAUCACCCAACCCGAUUCAAGCUGUGGUUCACCCUGGACAGAGCGCCUGAGGGUAAGAGAUGCCCAUAACUACUAUUUUGUUUCAGUGAACAUGAUCUGAUAUAGGCAAAUUCAUGUUUGUUUCCCAUGUUUAAGAAUCUUGUCUGGUCCUGAGUGACUUAAACUUUAACGUCUCUUUGCUCAUCAGAGUGGGAGUACAGCCAAGGCUUCAUCAGUGAGGACAUGGUGAGGGACCACCUUCCACCCCCCGGAGACGACACUCUCAUCCUCCUGUGCGGACCCCCUCCCAUGAUCCAGUUUGCCUGCAACCCCAACCUGGACAAAGUGGGCCACGCCAGCAGCCGGAGGUUCACCUUUUAAAGGCCACCCCAGGCGAGGGGUUCCCCAGGGCUCAAUGAUCCGCUACACCCAACAUUUAUUAAAAUGCUCUUGCAUCAGCGCUUGAUCAUCUAUUGAAAUCAUUUCACUCAUCCUACAGCAGAAUUGGUGUGGACCAUUUUCUGUAAUUUGGUGUGCAAAACCGAAUCCUGAAAUGAGUAGAGUCCAAAGCAUUUUCUGUUGAUCAGUGAUUUCUGAUUAAAAGGUUUAUCAUUCUGAAUUUAAUCAUUGGUAGUUGGAGGGAAGAGUAGAAAACAUAUAUUUGUUAUUUGAACGUUCCUCCUGUCAAACUAAUUGUGACAUCAACAGAUACCUGUAUACUGAACAAAAUAUAAAUGCAACAUGCAACAAUUUCAAAGAUUUUACUGAGUUACAGUUCAUAGGAGGAAAUCUGUUA